CAUUUGUAGUCACUGGUCAUAUGAACUUAUACAGUAUUUUUAUGAUUCCACAAGAUGGUCAGGUUAGGACGUGUUUACUUGUCAGAUGCUUUAAAGCAAAGGAUGAAACGUAAAGACUGUUUAAACAUAACAGGAAUGUGUACAUAAAAAGUGGAUAAUCUUAAGAAGAAAUCAUGUUUUUCCCUAUUGGAUGGCCCCGGGUUCUAAACACAAUCGAACCGGAAAACAUAACGGCCGUUGUUUGCAAUAGGGAUAAAAUACUUUUCGCUAUUUUGACAACGGAUGCUCUAACCAUCUGGUAUUGCAAGCCAUGUGUACCUAUUGUAUUCAUCAGAAGAACACCAGAUUCAUUAAGAAAGCAUGGAGACAAUAUUUUAUUACAGUGGAGACCAGAUUCCAGUAUGCUGGUUAUUGGGACAUCAGAUAGCUACCUUCUAUUUUAUAAAUUAUCGGAUACUAGUCCAGAAGAAAGAGGACUUUAUGAACAAAGAGACUCCCCAGUUACUAGUUUAAAAAGAGAUAGUGCUGAACUAUUUAUUAAGGAAGUUAUCCCUUCUUUAGUUUUAACAUUUGAGAAAUCAGUAUGGAUAGAUGAUGGUAUUAGUUCUUUGGUUUGUAUACGCGAUGAACUUAUGGUCGCUACAAAAACCAGUCAUGUAAUACGCCAAAAAUGGGACGGUACGGCAAAUAGAGAUUACUCUCUUGACUUAAGGAGAAUACCAUUUAGUAUAGAUCAACAGAUAUCUACCGUAGCUGUACCAUUAACUGAGAAUAAUGUAUAUAUUACCGACAUUGAAUAUUCUCCCUUAGUCGGUGGAUUUGCAAUUGUACUCAACACCGGCAAAGCAGCAUUCCUCACAGCUCAGUCACUGAAAUUUGAUCCUAAUCAAGUUCAAGGAAUUUGGGCUAAAGAUAUUGAAGAUGCUACGUGUGCAGCUGUAAAUCACAAAUAUCGUCUUAUUGCGAUUGGAAGACAAAAUUCUGAAGGGGUAGUAUACUAUGUCGACGAAACAACAGGAGGGCUAGAGAUGUCACAUACGUUGAGUUUAUCUUCGAAAGAUUAUCCAGGAAGACCAGGUCGUGUAAGAUGUUUAAAAUGGACUCCCGAUAGCUGUGCUAUUGCAUUGGCUUGGGAAGGUGGUGGCCUAGCGAUAUGGAGUACAUUCGGUGCUCUUUUACUUUGUACUUUAAAGUGGGAUUAUGGUUUAAGAGUAGACCUGGCGCGUGAUAAUCCUUUGCAUAUUCAUACGAUGGAAUGGUCUGCAGAAGGUUAUCAGCUUUGGAUGUUAAGAGAAUCUCCAGAUCCUUCCUUGAUUGAAGAAAACGGAAACGAAAAAACUAAUUUAAGGCGAUCUUUGAUACAAUUAGAUUUUGUAAAAAGUCCUUUAACUAUCAAUCCUUGCAUGGGUCAUCAUGGACAUUUGUAUUUGCAAGGUGAAGACAGAUUAUAUUUAAAUCUUGGUGGUGGAGUUUCUACAAAUGCUCCGACCUUUCAUCUUGGUAGUGAAAUUCCUAAUGAUUCUAUCACGCAAACACUUGCGAGUUCCAAACAAUGGCUAGUUGUUCCUAUUCCCAGCGUGUAUAGCGGUUCCAAUUGGCCCAUAAGAUACACUGCUAUUGAUAACGAAGGUAUGAGUAUAGCUGUAGCCGGGAGGACAGGAUUGGCCCAUUAUUCUUUGCCUUCGCGUAAAUGGAAAUUGUUUGGUAAUGAAACUCAAGAGCGGGAUUUUAUCGUUACUGGAGGACUAUUAUGGCAUAAGGGUUUCUUGAUAGCUAGCAGCUAUUCAAUAUUAGACGACAAGGAUGAAGUUAGAAUAUAUCCUCGGGAUACUCGUCUGGAUAAUAAUUACGUUAGAACCGUUAGAAUGCCAUCCCAGGUAUUAUUGCUCAAUACACUAAAAGACAGGCUCUUAACAUUUUGUGCCAAUGCACAAAUAAGCAUUUAUGAUAUGAUAUUAGAAAGCAAUAAUGACGCAGGAAAUGUAGAAUUAACAAGAUUGCAAACUGUAGAUAUUAGUGGACUUUGUGUUCAUCCUGCUUGCGUUGUAAGUGCCACCUUGACUACUAUACGUGCAGAAACGGCCGGAAGUCAUCCGCAUCCUGAAAGUCUUCUGUUAAAUGUAUCCGGACGUCUUCUUAUGGUUCAACGAGAACAUUGCACCGAUAAUCCAGAGGUGCUAUUUACAUGUAGCGCUCCAACAGUAUUAGCUUCUUACGUAGAAAAUGUUUGGGUACCUUGGAGAUCGAGGCGAGAUAAACCUCAUUUAACAGAAGCCUUAUGGUUAUUUUGUGGUGCUCACGGCAUGCGUGUUUGGCUACCAUUGUUUCCCAGAAAUCAUCAAGAGAAAACACAUACAUUUAUGAGCAAGAGAAUAAUGUUGCCUUUUCAUUUACGCAUUUAUCCCUUAGCUAUACUGUUUGAGGAUGCUAUUCUACUCGGGGCAGAAAAUGACACCGUACUUUUUACAUCGGACACUAAUUCCCCGUUCUCAUUGCCAUUUAGUUUACUAGAACUUACAAGUCAAGUUUACCUUCAUCAAAUAUUACGGCAACUUAUUCACCGUAAUUUAGGAUAUCAUGCUUGGGAAAUAGCUCGCUCGUGUUCCGCAUUGCCAUAUUUUCCCCAUUCGUUAGAACUUUUGUUACACGAGGUACUAGAGGAAGAAGCAACUAGCAAAGAACCAAUUCCAGAUGCUCAGUUACCUUCCGUGGUGGAAUUCAUCCGUGAAUUUCCAGGAGUUUGGGCUAGAGCAGUUGUACAGUGCGCUAGGAAGACUGAAAUAGCACUUUGGCCUUAUUUAUUCUCUGUUGCUGGACCACCGAAAAAGCUGUUGCAGGAUUGUUUACAACGCCAGGAACUCGAUACUGCUGCUAGUUACUUAAUAAUUUUACAGAAUUUAGAACCCUCUUCCGUUAGCCGGCAACAUGCUACUUUAUUACUAGACGCCGCUCUCGAACAAGGAAGAUGGGAAUUGUCAAAGGAUCUUGUUCGUUUUCUUAGAGCAAUUGAUCCAAACGACGUGGAAUCGCCAAGAACAUCUUGGGGUGGAACAUCAAAAUUAGGAGGACCUACGCAAACACCACCGCUUUCACCUCACGAAGAUGACUUAUCUCUGGUGUUAGGAACUAUGCAAGUUUCACGAAGUCGAAGUUACAGUACUACAGUAACGCCUAAAGUACAAUCUGAUUCAGUGGCCAAAGAUAUAGCUCCGUCUUCAAUGUUAGAGAAAACUAGAAAUGUAGUUAUGAGACGAAAGAAGUCUGUACCGACAAACACUUCUAAAAUCGAGAAACCUGACAGCAAGGAGGGUUCGGCUGAAGAAUUCUUUAUCGACGUGAUACUACAACGUCACGCUCGUCGGCUACUUUCGGCAAAGAGACUUGCCGAUUUAGGCAGAUUUGCUGCUCGAUUAGAUUUUCAUUUAGUUACAUGGUUCGGAAGAGAACGCGAUAGAGCAGCGAAAAUAGAUGAUUAUAUCGCAGCAUUGAAAGCAGUACACGAAGAUUUUGCAUUUGCUUACCCCGUGUUAUCACUUCCAACUUUACAAAAGUAUCGAAGAUCUAGCCUUACCUCUCUGCGUUCUAUAAAAUCAAUUAGUUUAGAAACCCCGGAGGAUGAACCAGUGCAAUCCAAUUUUGCCGUUGAUUUACCUGAUAGCGGUUAUACUAGUUUACCAAGUGGAAGACCACCUUACACUACAUUAGUUUCUCCUGUUGCGAGUUUAGAAACACAGUUCCCUGCUGUUGAAACCAAAUUAACGACAAAUAUGUUACAUGAUGCUAAUAGUAUUCUUAGUGAUAGCAGUACUAUUUGGAGAGAUGAUACUGAAUCCAUUGUUGGAACUGGAGUCGGAACAGUGUGUUGGGUUUCACCAGAGCCGGUGGAACAAACAGAGGUCCAUAAUGCUUCGCCCUGUGCACCGAUAAGUCGUGCAGAAGUACAACUUAGAUAUCUUUUACAAUUAUUUUUGGAGGGUGGUUGCUUAGGGUGGGCUGCGGUACUGGCAACAGUUCUAUGCGAUGCACCUGCUAUGGCUAGAACUAUUCGAGCUGCACAUGCUCCCAUGCAGACUUUUGAUUCUGUAAUUAAUUUAAGAGAUGGUCUCCUUACGUUAACCAGAUGGUCGCAUUCUGAAUGUUUGGGAUAUAGACCAUUUAUGUCAGGAAUCCAGGGUCAAAUUUCUUUGUUGAACAGGCUAAUUGUAACUAAGCAACAACAAGAACAAGAGCAGAUACCGGAGAGUCCUUCUCCCAGUCCAGCUCCAUCAGCUAAUAGUAAUCAACGGGGAAAUUUAUCUAGAUCUCGACAUUCGUCCAUUAGUCAUACUUCAACAACUACACCAUUAGAGGAAGAACGAUCCCAUGAACUAUCUUUAAAUGCUGAACAGACUUUCCGAGGUAACUAUAGCAAUCUCAAUACCGUGGAGAAUACUAAUUCACAGUCUUCGUGUAUCAUCUCCUAAAACAAUACUGUCUUCAUGAAAUUGGAAUACAUUGUAUUAUUAUGCUGUUGAGUAGGUACAAAAAUUUUUCUAGAAUUUUUCAGCUUUUUAUGGAACAUGUUUAAGUACUGUUGGCUGAAAACGAAACUCGUCAAAUUACUAUUUGAUAUUAAGUAUCUCUUAAAGUAACGUGAGAUAGAUGUGAUUAGCAUCAAACCCCACUGUUAAAGAGAUAAGUGACAAUGAAAGCUAAUAAUUUUCAUAUUUUCAAUCGUGAUAACAAAUAUAUUGGUUGAUCGUUGUACCAUAAUUAUGUAUACAGUAAUAUCUUUGAAAAUUUUAAUAUAUAAGAAACAAAUGUUACAAAAUUAAUAUUUCUCAUUUUUUAAGCAUUUCUACGCAUGUAAAUAUGUUAUUCAAAUCGUAGAAAGAGUGUUGUUGAAAUAUUUUUAGAGUCAUUCUAAUAACAAGCAAGCAAUUCUGUACAAGAAACAAUAUAGUUUAAUGAUACUGCAAUACGUGACUGAUAUCACUUCUUCCUCUACUCAUAGACAAUAUAUAUUAAAUAAUGAAUAUUGACAUAUAUGCAAUUGAUGUUAGUAGAUUCCGAACUUAAUUGUGAAGAAAAUAAAAAAAAAAUGUACUCUGAUAUUUUAUGUAUUACGGUAUCAUAUUGACUGAAUUGUGAUUAUUAUUAAAAAAAAAAAAAAAAAUUGCACUAACUGUCAUCUAUUUCAAUAUUAAUCAUACAUUUCAGAAGAGUUAUACAAAAUUAAUGUUGGUAAUAUAUUGUGUUUGAAUAGUAGUGAGCUAAACAAAAUGACCGUCCUGUAAUCCAAAUUUCUUUAACAUAGACAAAGAACUGAAUUUUAUAUAAUCAAAUUAAAAGGAUAACUAUAUAAAUUUGAUGUAACUCUACCUAACUUUAUAAUCGAUAUUAUUAUAGAUAUCGAUUUUCUAUUAAAAGAACUGGUGUGUCAAAUAAUAUAUAUACGAAGAUGGAUAACGUUUAACGAAUUGUAAUUUAUAUAAUAUACAUUUUUUAUUGAACGAAUUAAUAAUUAAUACUUCGAUUCAACGAUAAUUGUAAAUAAUGCAAAACGGUUUAGUGGUGAUCUGUAUCGUUUAAGAAUUAAUCACUCUUACAGAAGACACUAAUACUCAUGUAAAUUGGGCAAGGAAAGUAGUGGAUUUAUAUUACAAGCAAUUAAGAAAAAUAAUUUAAUUAUUUCAUUUACAAAUUCAAGUUUUUAUUGAAAUAAUUUUUAAUAAUAAAACGAUAUUAUAUCUUUUAAUAGUAUAAGUUUUACUAAAGAAUAGAAAUAGACCAAUAUACUGAUGUAUGUAAUAUUUUAUUCAUAAAAAGAUGGAACUAAUAUUUAUUUUGUUUUCUUAUAGGCAGUAACAUAAUUUUUCAAUUAUAAUUAUGUUUACUAAGUCUUUAAUUUCAGUUGAUAAAUACACAGGAUGUCCCAUAUAACUGAAUCAAGCUUAAACCGGGUAGUAGAUAGAUCAAAAUUUCAUUAAACAAAAUUAAAUAGCAUGGAAUGGAGCAUCUCGUUAUUUCCUACAAAAAAGUAUUAAGGUACUUGGAUUGAAAAUUAAUUAGUUCAAAAGAUAUCUGAGGGAGAAAUAGGGAGAUCUUGAUGGUCAUUCCCGAAGAUUGAAACAUCUCCACUUCCGGUUCUGGCGCAUGCUAUUUAAUUUUUCCUAAUAUUUUGUUCAAUAUCUUACCUUGCUAGAGUUAUAGCUUGGUCCAGUUGCAUGAGAUACCCGUACUGUAAACAUAUUAAUACUACGUAUUAUAAUUUUGCAAUGCAAAUACUGAAAAACAAUUUUACUCGUUACAAACAGUCAAAAAACAAUAAUCAAAAUUAUUUGUAAGCCUCCAUGUAAAAUUAAUGUAAACCUGCUAUUGGGAAAUGAUUAAUUGAUAAAAAUAAUUCAUAUCUAAGUAAAAAUAAUUGUAGAUUGAUUGUUUCACAGUUUUUAUAAUUGAAAAAUAUACUUCGUUUUACUCGAUGUGCAACACAAUAGCAUGAUUUUCUUUAAUCUAGUUGCUGAUUAACCACGGGACUUAGUUUUACUAUCACAUUAAGUAAUAUAUGAAAAAACUGUGAAACAGUAAUAACAAACGGUUUAUAUACAUACAUACACACGUACAUACUGUAACAUAGAUAUUCAGAAAUAUAUAUUUUCCCAUAA